AUGUGGCGACUGCUGACGAACUCGUUUGUCACCGAACGCGUAAUUCCCCGGUUCCACUUCUCACACAAGAAGCUACGUGUGGCCAUACACUUCCUUGGAUUUCUCUCCACUUUCGUUGGUAACCUGGAACGGGGAGGUUGGUCGGUCCGGUAAGUAGAUUUCUGAAAAUUUUGACCUUUUUCUCUUGCUGCUGUGGCCGGCUUUUUGUGGAUUGGAUUUGGUUCGUCGACUGGUGGAUUUUCGUAGCAAAGUUGAGAUUUUGUGAACCGAGCUUGGCUAAAAAUUGUAUCUUGGCAUCCUAGGGGAGCGGAGAUUGGGGAUUUCCCGACGACAACCGCUGGGAGCGAUGAUUUCUUUCUUUCUCUAUCGGGAUUGUUGUAGAUGAUUGGUGUUUGGGUUUUUGAGGUGCAGGCUGUUGGCUCCGGCAAAAAAGAGUGAGGUUUUUCCGAUUUGGAUUUGUCAAAAUUUAGGAAUCGCCAGUGAGGUGUGCGGAUUUUGAUGGAUAAGAUCGGCUGUCUGAGGUCCUGCUGUUCUCGGUUUGCAGGUCCCUCACUAACUGUUGGUAAAGGUAAAAAUUCCCAAGCUCACAUCAGGAUUACUUAUGGGUUUAGCCUACUAAAAGGAACAGCAGAUCAUCCUAUUGAGGAUUAUCAUGUGGCUAAAUUUGUUCGCAUGAGAGAUCAGGAACUUGGUCUGUUUGCUGUGUUUGAUGGCCAUUUGGGUGAUACUGUGGCAUCAUACUUACAGAAGCAUUUAUUUACCAAUAUCAUAAAGGAGGAAGAUUUCUGGACCAAUCCUGAUAUAGCCAUCAGAAGGGCCUAUGAGAAGACUGAUAAUGAGAUACUCUCUCAUAGUCGUGAUUUGGGGCGUGGUGGAUCCACUGCUGUUACUGCAAUUCUUGUAAACGGCAGCAAAUUGUGGGUGGCUAAUGUUGGUGAUUCACGAGCUGUUCUGGCCACGCGUCGAGAGGUGAUACAGAUGACAACGGAUCAUGAACCGAAUUCUGAACGUGAGCGUAUUGAAACAAGGGGUGGAUUUGUUCUUAACAUGCCAGGGGAUGUCGCAAGAGUUAAUGGGCAAUUAGCUGUUUCGCGGGCUUUCGGAGACAAGUGCCUCAAGCCACAUUUAAGUUCAGAUCCUGAUAUACAAGUUGAAGACACAAACUCAGAAGCAGAGCUGCUCAUCCUUGCAAGUGACGGCCUCUGGAAGGUGAUGAACAAUGAGGAGGCUGUUGAUCUUGCAAGAAAAUUCAAGAAUCCACUAUCAGCAGCCAAGCGGCUGACUCUGGAAGCUUUCAACCGAGAUAGUAAAGAUGACAUAUCGUGCAUUGUUGUUCGAUUCAAGCGGUAGGAUUCAGUCAUAAACCUCAUAAGAUGGUCAUCAAGAGCUUCAUUACUUUACAGAUGCUUGUAUGACUUACUACUCGUGCUGUUUUCUUGUAAAUGCUUCUAUAAGUUCAUGUAUAUCAGGUUCUUUUUUGUACAAACCAAUCAUAUUUUACUAGUGCAUAUAUGGAGACCGCAAAACUGGGAUAAAUCUGAUAUUUUUUUCAGAAGGUGAUGAGAAGGGUCAUGUAGUGUCCUGCUGUUUAUCAAGUACAGAGAUUGGUAUUAUGCUUGCA